ACCUAAACAGUAUUUGUCUCAAUCAGCUGUUUAUUGGCCGAUCUGGUAUUUGUAUACAAAGCCGGUGCAUUUCCAAGUCGUCUUAUUAAAUUCAGUAGAAAAUGCUUUUACUGCUUUAUGUAGCUUGCUUUGUAAGCUUCCUGCACUUUGGCCAAUCCAAUAAUCCAGACUGCAACAACAAUAAGAGCAGCGAUAAGAAUGCCAAUGGCACUGUUCUGCCCGUCGUACUAUGGCAUGGCAUGGGCGACACUUGUUGUUUCCCGUUCAGCCUAGGCUCCAUUAAGAAACUAAUCGAAGAACAUACAAACGGCACUUAUGUGCGAUCCUUGCAAAUAGGUGCGAACAUUGUUUUGGACUAUGAGAGUGGCUUUUUUAUACAUCCGAACAAACAGGUGGAUUACGUAUGUCAGCAGCUGGCAGAAGAUGAAAAGCUGGCCAAUGGCUACAAUGCCAUUGGUUUCUCGCAGGGCGGCCAAUUUUUACGAGCGCUGGCCCAGCGUUGUCCCAAGCCACCAAUGCGAACACUCAUCAGCCUGGGCGGUCAACAUCAGGGUGUCUAUGGUUUGCCAAAGUGUCCCACGCUUAGCGUCAGCAGCUGUGAAUAUAUUACCAAACUCCUCAAUUAUGCAGCCUAUGAGGACUGGGUCCAAAACGAACUGGUGCAGGCUACAUACUGGCAUGAUCCGCUUCAUGAGAACAGCUAUAGACUAAAGAGCAGCUUUCUGGCCGACAUCAACAAUGAGCUGUACAUUAAUGAACGCUAUGCAGAGAAUCUUAACAAGCUAAAAAAAUUUGUAAUGGUCAAAUUCCUCAACGACACCAUUGUGCAGCCCAAGGAGUCGCAGUGGUUUGAAUUCUACGCACCUGGCCAGGACAAGCACAUACUGCCGCUCAAUCAAAGCAAAGUCUUCAAAUAUGUUGGCUUAGAACUUAUGCAUAAAUGUAAGAAGCUGUUUUUUCUCAGCGUUGAAGGUGAUCACCUGGACAUAUCGAAGGAGUGGUUUGUAAAGGAACUCGUACCAUUUCUACUCGAAGUUGACUAGAAAUAACAGUCACCCUGUUAGACAUCUGUGUUUUGUCAUACGCGCAAACAAAGAAAAGUUUUAAUAGCAUAUAUAGCUGAUUAACGUACGAUAUGGCAUAUAGAGUACGUUCAUGCAAUAUUCUACAUAUAUAUAUUUAUUAGAUGUGUUAAGCUGGUAAUUAAUAUUAAUAAAUAUUUACGGGAAAUAUUUAAUUCAAGGCAGUCGCGUGAUCCGACUAUGAUUCAUCGCGUAUCGUAAUCAUAUUAAUAACGUUCUUGAU